AUGGUUGAGGCAAGGGACUUUGUAGUAUUUACUGACCAUAAACCUCUGUGCUACGCAUUUCACUCCCGUAAGGAGAACUGCUCGCCCAGACAAUUCAGGCAUCUAGAUUUUAUAUCCCAAUUUACCACUGACAUUAAGCACAUAUCUGGUAAGGACAAUAUUGUCGCAGAUACCUUAUCCAGGAUAGAGGAAAUUGCUAUACCAGUAGACUUAGAACAGUUAGCAAAGCAUCAAGACUCCGACACGGAGUUAAGCAGACUACUGGUACGUAACACAUCAUUGUGCUUGAAAAAGGUCAGAGUUCCGGGAACACUGGAUACUGAACUGUUCUGUGACGUGAGUACCAACACCCCCCGACCAUACGUCCCACAGGAACUUCGUCAUCGAGUCUUCGAGAGUCUGCAUUCCUUUAGCCACCCAGGUACUAAAGCAACUGCCAAACUUGUUGCUGAACGAUAUGUUUGGCCGGGUAUUAGGAAGGACUGCAGAACAUGGACACAGGCAUGCCUAGCUUGUCAAAGGUCCAAAGUCUCUCGGCAUACCUUAUCACCGGUCGGCACAUAUAAAUUACCACGAGCGAGGUUCGCGCACAUCCAUAUAGAUUUGGUAGGUCCAUUGCCUAUGUCUCAUGGAUAUAGGUAUUGUCUCACAGCUGUUGAUAGAUUCACACGUUGGUCAGAGGCUAUACCAAUACGUGAUAUCACCGCUGAGACUGUGGUCAAUGCCUUACUAUAUGGAUGGAUAGCUCGUUUUGGAUGUCCCGUGGAUAUCGUCACCGAUCGGGGGGCACAAUUCGAAUCAGCUUUGUUUAAACGUCUAUCGGAGUUAAUCGGUUUCAAACACAAGCAUACAACAGCCUACCACCCAGCCUGUAACGGUAUGGUGGAAAGAUUCCACAGACAGUUGAAGGCCGCAAUUACAUGUCACGGCACUGAUAACUGGGUUGAAUCUCUCCCACUAGUACUUCUUGGUAUACGGAGUGCUUAUAAGGAAGACAUUAAAGCUUCUCCAGCCGAGCUUGUUUACGGGGAGACCCUUAGAUUACCUGGAGAGUUUUUAGAGUCCCAAGGAAGCGAAUUUAAUGACGUGACCGACUACCUGUCACGAAUUCGUAUGUUUGCUAGGCAAUUACAGCCAUUACCAGCAUCACGACACGGGAAUCGAACAGUGUUCGUUUCUAAAGAUCUUGCCACAGCAUCCCACAUCUUACUUAGGGAAGAAAUAAACCGCGGGUCCCUAAAACCUGCAUAUACAGGCCCCUACGAGGUACUUCAAAGGAACGAUAAAGUGUUAACUAUUCUUAUGAACGGUAAAAAAGUCACAGUAUCAGUAGACCGUAUUAAACCAGCCUACAUAUUGCAUGACUCACACACCAGAAAUACACAUUUAAAUUCAGACACAAACCAACAUACAUCAUACACGCCGCUACUACAUAACUCAUCCCAGACUCCCAGUCAACCUGAUCCUGAGGAACUUAAUGUUAGAAGGACUCGGUCAGGGCGCAAAGUGCACUUUCCUGACUAUUAUCGCCCGUAG